AUGGCCUCUCCCAAAAUGAGCCCAAUCCCAAGGAGCUCCAUCGCCCAGCGCAUCCUCGACGGGGAGACGCUCAUCGUCUACGACGGCCAGCUCCUCAAGAUUCCCCAGUCCUGGGUCGAUGCUCAUCCGGGAGGCUCUUUGGCGUUGCUGCAUUUCGUCGGCAGAGACGCGUCUGAUGAGAUUCAGGCCUACCAUUCAGAACACGCCCUCAAGCUCAUCAAGAGAUACUCCGUCGGCGCCGUCGAGACCGACGAGCAUGGCUCUUGGGAAGCCCUUGUUCCCCCAAUAAUGACAGGCUGGGUCAGGAAGCCUGCCAGUAACGGAACGAAGGAAUGGUAUAACGAGUCCAGCACUUUCGCGCCUCUGGAGGGUACCACGGACAUUCUCCUCGUGAAGAGAGACGACUUGGGUGUGGAAAAGGGUCCAACGUUGUCCAACUUGACUCCGUCGCCGACCUCACUGUCGCUGAAAGCCCAGGCAGAUCAUUCCGCAGCGUACAAGCUGUUGCAUAAGCGCAUUGUAGACGCCGGACUUUACAAGACACCUUAUCUCACUGGCUACGGCCCCGAAGUUCUGCGCUACACCAUGCUCGCUGGCCUGUCAGCCUAUGCGUAUUACAGGAACUGGCUCAUGACCAGCGCUGCUCUCCUUGGGUUCACCUGGCACCAACUGGUCUUCACCGUUCACGAUCUAGGACACAUGGGAGUGACACAUGAUUGGACCUUUGAUCGUCUCAUCGCGAUUCUAAUUGCUGAUUGGAUUGGAGGGCUCAGUGUCGGCUGGUGGGUUCACAACCACAAUGUUCAUCACCUUGUCACGAAUCAUCCAUCUCAUGACCCCGACAUCCAGCAUAUUCCUUUCUUUGCCAUUUCCCCUUCCUUCUUUUUCAAUCUAUGGUCUUCGUAUUACAAGCGCAUCAUGCCCUUCGACGCGUUCUCGCAGUUCCUAAUAUCAUUGCAACAUCGCAUCUUCUACGUCGUCUUGGCUCUGGCACGCUUUAACCUUUACCGCAAUUCUUACGUCUUCCUCGUCCAAAGCGCGUUUGAUAAGAAACGAGCCAGAGGCGGAAGGUGGACUUGGUGGCUUGAGGUCGCGGGCAUUGCCUUCUUUUGGUGCUGGUUCGGCUCUGUCUUGUACGGGUGUGGAUCAUGGAAGAAGGCAUUUAUGUAUCUACUCGUCAGUCAUAUAGCUGCGAGUCCAGUACACGUUCAGAUUGUCCUCUCUCAUUUCUCUAUGUCCACGGCUGACCUUGGUCCUGUCGAAUCGUUCCCGCAUCGGCAGUUACGGACAACAACAGACGUCAUAUGCCCACCCUCCCUAGCCUUCGUCCAUGGAGGGCUCCAUCUGCAAGUAACGCAUCAUCUAUUCCCGCGUCUGCCUCGACACAAUUUACGCAAAGCGUCUAUGUUGGUCAAAGAAUUCGCUCAAGAACAGGGACUCGUGUACGCUGAAUUCGGCUUCGCAGAGGGGAACUCAGAAGUUGUGGGGGUAUUACGUGGUGUUGCGGAGCAGGUUGGGAUUGUAGGAAGAGUGGCGGGAGCUGAGGUCAAGGAAGUUAUCGAACGGUGGGAGAGCCAAUGGGAGCAAGUUAGCGAUAAAAAGACUGGAUGA